AUGAAUUUCCCGGGGGUGUUUAGAAGUUCAGAGAAGGGGGCCGAGUGGACUAAGAAAUAUGGGUCCAUCUACAAACUCAAGCUUGGCAAGGACACGGUCAUUGUAUUGGGGACACAGCAGGCAGCAAAAGAUUUGCUGGAGAAGAGGUCGAAGAUUUACUCUUCCAGACCGAGGACUGUUAUGGCGGGUGAAAAUGUUUCUAGAGGCAAGAAAUUAUUAGCCCAUCUCAUAGGGGACAAGUGGAGAGUGCACCGUCGUCUUCAGGGACAGGUCAUUAACCAGAACAUCACAAACAAAUACAAGGGAUUCCAGAAUCUUGAGAGUGCACAAUUGAUCAAAGAACUUGCCGACCGCCCUGAGGACUUCUUCGACAGCUUCCACAGGUAUAACUCAUCCGUCAUUUUCGCUAUGGCCUAUGGAAAACGUAUGCCCCGCGGUGACGAGGAGGAUGUUGUGGCUGUCGACGAAAUCACUCAGAACUUCCUCUACUCUGCCCGUCUCGGAACCUGGAUUGUCGAUUCGUUUCCAUUCUUGAACUAUCUCCCAACUUCCAUGGCCCCCUGGAAGCGCAUCGGCGAUAACUUCUAUAACUGGGCUGAAAAGAUGCACACCUUCAACCGAAAUGAAGCUCUCCAACGCAAAGGCUGGAAUUGGACCAAGGAAAUCGCAAGAAUGAAGGAAGCGCAGAACGUUUCUCCUCUAGAACUCGCCUUCAUGGUCGGUUUCUUAUACGAGGCCGGCAGUGACUCCACCACCAUCGCCCUGGAAGUUUUCAUCCUUGCCCUCCUCAAGCACCCUGAAGUCCUGAAGCGCGCGCAGGAAGAGAUCGACCGCGUUGUUGGCCCCGAUCGUCUCCCAGCUUUCGAGGACAGAGACAACCUCCCAUACGUCCGUAACUGCGUUAAUGAAGUCCUCCGCUGGCGCUCACCCUCAGUCGGAGGUGUCCCUCACAUGGUAGAAGAAGAUGAUGAGUACAUGGGUUACCGUAUUCCAAAGGGUGCAAUCGUAGUCGGUAAUCUCUGGAGUAUCCACCAAGACCCCGAAGUCUACCCCAACCCGACAAAAUUCAUGCCUGAGAGAUGGGACGACGAAGAGAACGUACACUACGGUUUCGGGUUUGGGCGGCGAGCCUGCCCAGGAAGGCAUAUUGCCAUCAACAGUCUGUUUAUUAACUGUGCUAGGAUUAUUUGGGGAUUCAAUGUCGAGCAUGCGAAGAAUUCCGACGGCACCGUGAUCCCUGUGGAUGAGUGGGAUAUGACCCAAGGUUUCAUGAGCCGGCCGGUUAGGUAUAAGGCCUCCAUAACGCCGAGGGAUGCUAAAAGAGUGGAGGUCAUUAACCAGGCGUGGAAGGCAGCAGAAGUGCAGCUGCAGGAUAUGAGUAAGAUUUUGAGAAUGGAGGACUUUUAA